AUGGAGUACGGCUACCUGAGCGGGGCGGGCGGCGGCUUCGACGCGGGCUGCCUGGGCGGUGGCGAGCUGGCGUGGGGCGAGCUGGCGUCGUGCGGGCAGAUGUCGCAGGCGUACCGCUACCAGGGCCGCUACCAGGCGCCGCCGCCGCAGUGCGCGCCUCGGCAGGACGCCGCUAUGAGGAACCACCAUAUAUUCCCGCCGGCUAUGAACUUGCAACCCGGCCUCCCCUACAAAGUAUACGGGGGGCACGAAGGCUCGCUCACUGAGAAGCGGAAGCAGCGCCGCAUCAGGACCACCUUCACGUCGGCGCAGCUGAAGGAGCUGGAGAGAGCCUUCCAGGAGACGCACUACCCCGAUAUCUACACCAGGGAAGAAAUCGCCAUGAAGAUUGAUCUGACUGAGGCAAGAGUGCAGGUGUGGUUCCAGAACCGGCGCGCCAAGUUCCGCAAGCAGGAGCGGCUGGCGCAGCAGAAGGCGGGGGAGUCCCCGGUGAAGGCGGAGGGGAAGCGGGACAAGGGGGCGUCCCCCGAGCCCGCGCCCCCCGCGGCGCCGCAGCCGGCCCACCAUGCGCUGCCGCACCUGUCGCCGCCCGACCUCAAGCCUAUCACCUCGGCAGCGAACAAGCUGUGUGAGGAGCUGAACGGCGGCGGCGGCGGGGGCGCGGGGGGCGCGGGGGCCGGCAAGUGGGGCGGGGGCUGCGGCCUGCUGCGGCAACCUUCGGGGUUCCCCUUGCUGGGGGUCGCGCCCCCGAACUACCUGCUGUCGGACCAUCUGGGGCCACUCGCCAAGACCAACAACCAUCUUUUCUAAUGCCCCCAAGACUGGGGCUACAAGUGAUGCUAAGUUGAAGAAGACUUUUGAAGGAUGUUGAACAGUGUGAUGAAAUAUGUGCCAAACUAAGGGUAGUUUAGAAAGUGUGUAAAACGUUCAGUGCCAACGAAAUGCAAUAAUAAAGACUAUGUUGCGGAUUAGUUUAAGAUUAAUGAUAAAUUAAUGGAUCGUGUGUAAAGAUUUAUCUAAAAUGUAUGAAUGUAGUUAAUAUGCAAGGUAAAUUAGAUGGUAAUUGUAAGAACUACGAACUGACUUGAUGAAACUGUGUGUCAAAAUUGUACAUAAGGAUAUUGGGAAUAGUAGUUAUGUACUAUAAACUGUACUGUAUACGUGGUAAACCUAAUAUUAGUUAGAAAAUGAACAAAAUCAUCUUUACCAUAUUCAGUCAUUUUCAGAAAAUACCUAUAACUAUUUAGCAGAUUUUUAAGUUACCUUUACUAAUCAAUUUAUAUUCUAGUCAAUAUCUAGUCAUUCCGAGAAUUCUAAUACUAAUGAUUAUUUAAUAUGAGCUAAUACUUCAAUAUAUUAUUUACUAGAUGUUUUAAUUUAUUUUGAAAAAGUAUAUAGUCCAAGUUUGUAAAUAUGUAUGUAAAUACAUGUAUUUGUUUAACAUAGCAACAUGAUUUCUUGGGUUUUGUGAAAACUACUUAAAAGAGUCGAGGGUGUUUUAAUAAAGAAAUUAAUAAACA